AUGUCGACAUCCUUCUCAAGUCAAGCCUUAGCAACAUCGGACCUGCAGACCGAAGUGGCUACUGCACUGCGGGAUUUUUAUAACUUCCUUGCUCGACUCCCAUGGCUUGAGCCAUCUGAUGUCCUGGAGCCGCCAGCGCAAGGCUGGCCUAACAUCACUAGCGAUAACUUCGCCCCGCUGCACAAGAACAACGCAGUGAUUGAAUUGCUCAGGCAUCUACCGUAUCUUCGCAUGGACGGCCCAUUCGAGAGAUAUACCUUAGUCUGGUCGACUUAUCCGUGUGAUUACCGGCGCGACUACUUCCAUGAAGUAAAGCCUGGAAUCGAUUGCUGGGAGAUACCGGACACGACCGGGCGCGACUAUCAUUUUCCGGAAUGGGUUGUUCCGCUUACGUAUGGGAAAGUACACGGGCAGUAUAUUAUGCUCGAUACUACAGAUGUAGUUAGUAAGCAGUUUCUUUUGAGCCGAUAA